CAGCUAAAUAUCAAUAUAAAGUGCCAUUGCAAAUAAAUAUAAGAUUUGGUAUUUCAAGAAUUCAAUCAAAUAGGCCUAAAACUAACUCUUUUUCUCAACAUCUUAGUGAAUAUCUGUCUGAUUAUGAAGAUAAACUUUUAGAAGAUGAAUUAUUAGAGGAUGAAAUUUUUCUUCAUUUGACCGGUUUAUCUGGCCUCUUUGAAUAUUCAAAAUACUAA